GCAGCAGCAGCAAGAGCCUCACUGGGUUCAGCAGCAGGAACUGCUGCUUCUGGCGAAUGUGAGUGCAGCAACUGCAGCAGCAACAGCAACAGCAGCAGCAGCAGAUGUGUUCUACAGCAGCUGCGACCGGCUGUUCAUACACCCCGUCAACCUGCGCCUGUACAACUACACCGCCAGUGGCUCUGCCUGCGGAGCUCAUAUGCAGCAGCAGCAGCAGCAGCAGCAGGAGCCGCAGCAGCAGCAGCAGCAGGAGCCACAGCAGCAGCAGCAGCAGCAGCAGCAGCUGCAACGAAAGCCCAUACCGCUUGGCAGGCUCCUGCAUGCGCAUGCAACUGCGGUGUACGUUGACCUCAGCGAGUUUGCUGCUCUGCUGCUGCUGCUGCAGCUGCUGCAGCAGCUUAGAAAAUUUGGAGCGGAGGCAGCAGCAGCAGCAGCAGCUGUAGCAGCAGCACUUGCUGCUGCUGCCACCAACAGCAGCAGCGAAGAAACCCCUUUAUCUCUCUAUGAUGACAGCGAGGAGCAGCAGCAGCAACAGCAACAGCAACAGCAGCAGCAGCAGCACCAACAGCAGCAGCAGCAAGAGCAGCAACAGCAGCAGAAGCAGCAGCAGCAACAGCAGCAGCAGCAGCAGCAGCCGCUGCCACAGCCGCAGCAGCUGCUGCGGCGUUCGGCGCUUGUCUUGCGCGCCAGCAGCAACAUCAGCAGCAGCGAACACAGCGACCGAAGUGCCUGCAGCAGCAGCAGCAGCAGCAGCAGCAACAGCAGCAGCAGCAGCAGCAGCAGCAGCAGCAGAGCCAAGGGGGCAGCAGCAGCGAACACAGCAACCGAAGUGCCUGCAGCAGCAGCAGCAGCAGCAGCAGCAGCAACAGCAGCAGCAGCAGCAGCAGCAGCAGAGCCAAGGGGAAAUGAACCUGUAGCUAAGGUGCUGCAGCAGCUUGCACAGGACCGAUGCUGCAUGCGGCGGUUGCUGCUGCGCGCGGGGGAGCAGCUGCCUGGUGCUGCUGCUGCUGCUGCUGCUGCUGAUGAACACAUCGCUCUGCGGGCCUCAGGGCUGCAGCUGCAGCAGCACCACAGCAGCAGCAGCAGCAGCAGCAGCAACAGCAGCAGCAGCAGCAGCAAACGACUGGCCCUUCGCUCUCUUGUGCUGCAGCUCGGUCGCUCUGCUCUGCUGUCUAUACACCCGGCAGCAGCAGCAACUCCUACCGCAAGGCAGCAACACCAGCAGCAGCAGCAGCAGCAGCAGAACCAAAUGCAGCAGCAGCCGUGCGGAAUUGAAAUCACUUGGAGGGUAUCGGCAGCCCCGAAAGCGGCAGCAGCAGCAGCAGCAGCAACAGCAGCAGCAGCAGCAGCAGCAGCAGCAGCAGUCGAACGAACUACGUACCUCAGCAAUGUGGCGUUGCUGCUGCACCCAGAAGCUGCACAGCAGCAGCUGCUGCUGCUAUCGCGAAGCCGCUUGCUGCUGCUGCUGCAGCAAACGCUGGCAGAUUCACAGCCACUGUCACCAAAGCAGCAGCAGCAGCAGCAGCAGCAACAGCAGCACCAGCAGCAGCAGCAGCAGCAGCAGGUGGACAAGCUGUUUCUGAACUUCCUGCUGCUGCAUGCAGCAACGCUGCUGUCUGUACACCCCGCAGCAGCAGCAACUCCUACCUCAAGGCAGCAACACCAGCAGCAGCAGCAGCAGCAGCAGCAGCAGCAGCAGAACCAAAUGCAGCAGCAGCCGUGCGGAAUUGAAGUCACUUGGAGGAUAUCGGCAGCCCCGAAAGCGGCAGCAGCAGCAGCAGCAGCAGCAACAGCAGCAGCAGCAGCAGCAGCAGCAGUCGAACGAACUACGUACCUACAGCAGCAGCAGCAGCAGCAGCAGCAGCACCAACUGCAGCAGCAGCCGUGCGGGAUUGAAAUCACUUGGAGGAUAUCGGCGGCCCCGAAGGCGGCAGCAGCAGCAGCAGCAGCAACAGCAGCAGCAGCAGCAGCAGCAGCAGUCGAACGAACUACGUACCUCAGCAAUGUGGCGUUGCUGCUGCACCCAGAAGCAGCACAGCAGCAGCUGCUGCUGCUAUCACGAAGCCGCUUGCUGCUGCUGCUGCAGCAAACGCUGGCAGAUCCACAGCCACCGUCACCAAAGCAGCAGCAGCAGCAGCAGCAGCAGCAACAGCAGCAGCAGCAGCAGCAGCAGGUGGACAAGCUGUUUCUGAACUUCCUGCUGCUGCAUGCAGCAACAGGCAGCAGCAGCAACGAUCUCAAAGCCGUGCGGCUGCUGCUGCAUCAGGCUGCGCUAGUCCUCUGGCCUCCCCAGCAGCAGCAACAGCAGCAGCAACAGCAGCAGCAGCAACAGCAGAACUCGCAAGCGCUCCAGCAGCAGACGCUGACGCAGCAGCAGGCCUGGCAGCAGCAGCAGCAACAGCAGCAGCAGCAGCAGCAGGUGGUUGAGGUCUGUGUGCUGCAGCGGCGGGUGCCGUCAGCUGCUGCCUACGACUGCAUUCCAUCUGCUGCAACAGCAGCAGCAGCAGCAGCAGCAGCAGGGAGCAGCACGGUGCGUUUCUGGCCUCCCCAGCAGCAGCAACAGCAGCAGCAACAGCAGCAGCAGCAACAGCAGGACUCGCAAGCGCUGCAGCAGCAGACGCCGACGCAGCAGCAGGCCUGGCAGCAGCAGCAGCAACAGCAGCAGCAGCAGCAGCAGGUAGUUGAGGUCUGUGUGCUGCAGCGGCGGGUGCCGUCAGCUGCUGCUUACGACUGCAUUCCAUCUGCUGCAACAGCAACAGCAGCAGCAGCAGCAGCAGCAGGGAGCAGCACGGUGCGUACAGUAGAUGCUGCUGCUGCUGCAGUAGCAGCAGCAGCAGCAGGCGGUUGA